AUGCCGACUUUCCGCAAGUUCUUACUCGCCGCGAUCUGCCUCGUCGCCUUCAUCUUCCUCAUCCGCUCGAGUCGACCCGCCGACGUCCCCGGGGCCCCUGGUUACAAGCCCGUUCAGGAGAUAUUCGACGAGGAGCAGGAGUCGCUGUUACGCCCUAAGAAGAAGACAAAGACUCGGCAACAACAAGCCCUCGGUACCUACGGGACUGCACCACUACGCGAUCGCCUCCGAUACCAAUUUCCCUACGAUCUCCGAAGCCGAUUCCCUGCAUACAUCUGGCAAACAUGGAAAUACGCCCCGUCCUCGGCAUGGUUUGAUGAGAACCUUCGUGCUGCCGAGGCAAGCUGGACGGAAUUACACCCGGGGUUUACGCAUGAAGUAAUUGGCGAUGAUACGCAGAGGCAUCUGAUCCAGUAUCUUUAUGGAUCUCUGCCAGAUGUCUUUGAAGCCUAUGAUGCUUUGCCGCUCGCGGUCAUGAAGGCGGAUUUCUUCCGGUACCUUGUCCUGCUUGCGCGGGGCGGAAUCUACAGUGAUAUUGACACCAUUGCACUCAAACCAGCCCCAUACUGGUUGCCCGAUGAGCUGGACCGAUCGAAGGUGGGCUUUAUUGUUGGCAUUGAAGCCGACCCGGACCGCCCUGACUGGCACGAUUGGUACUCGCGUCGCAUCCAAUUUUGCCAGUGGACUAUCGGCGCGAAACCGGGCCACCCGAUUCUGCGCGACAUGGUCGCAUACAUCACGGAAGAGGCUAUUCGCAUGAAGAGAGCUGGCAUUCUCAAAGUGGGCAAAAUGGAUAAGACCGUGAUGGAAUUUACGGGCCCAGGCGCCUGGACUGAUGCCGUCUUCCGCUAUUUCAACAACCCGGAGUACUUCCGUAUUCUGCCCGGGGAGAAGAACGUGACGUACGAGGACUUCAGUGGUCAGACCACGCACCGAAAGAUGGGAGAUGCGGUCGUUUUGCCGAUCACAAGCUUCAGCCCUGGCGUUGGGCAAAUGGGUGCCAUGGAUACUGACCACCCUAUGGCUUUUGUGAAGCAUAACUUUGAUGGUACAAAUACUCUCGAAAUUCAUAUUACGACCAGACGCUGA